AAUCAAAAACACAAAAAAAAAAAUGUUGAGAAGCCUUCACCUACACUCCACACUCAAAACCCUCCCACCACCUCUGAAAACACUCUCCUCCCUCUCCCUCCCCCUUCUCCUCCUCCUCUCCUCCCUCUGCAACCAUCCUCGCCUCAUCACCGCCAACAUCUUCAUCUACGCAGGUUGCUCCCAAGAAAAAUACCAACCCAGCUCGCCUUUCGAAGCCAACCUCAACUCUUUCCUCUCCUCAGUCAUCUCCUCGUCUUCCCAAACCUCUUACAACAGUUUCGCCAUUGGAAAUACCUCUGCUUCCCCAGAAGGAGCCAUAUACGGGUUAUAUCAUUGUCGCGGUGACCUAAAAAUACCGGAUUGCUCAAAGUGUAUCGAGAGUGUGGUUAGCCAAAUCAACUUGGUGUGUCCCUACGCUUAUGGGGCUGGCCUACAACUAGACACUUGUUAUCUAAGGUAUGAGCAUGGAGAUUUUUUGGGAAAAUUGGAUACUGGACUUAGGUUCAAGAAAUGUAGCCGAAGUGAAAGUAAUGACGUGGAGUUUUUUAGGAGAAGGGACGAUGUUUUGGCGGACUUGCAGGGGGCGAUAGGGUUUCGGGUGAGUAGGUCAGGUUUGGUUGAAGGGUUUGCUCAGUGUUUGGGGGAUUUGAGUGCUUCGGAUUGCUCGGCUUGUCUUUCGGAUGCUGUAGUGAAGUUGAAGAGCUUGUGUGGGUCGGCUGAGGCUGCAGAUGUGUUCUUGGGACAGUGUUAUGCUAAGUAUUGGGCUUCUGGCUACUAUGACACCUCUUCUGAUUCUGCAAACAAGGACCAGGUCGGAAAAACAGUAGCCAUAAUAGUAGGCGUCUUGGCCGGUCUCGCCGUUUUGAUCGUUCUUCUCUCUGUUUGUCACAAAGCACUUGGUUAAAGGAGAUGAACAUAGAGAUGGUGGUUUAUUUUCUUUUAAAUGAAAUGAAGCGUGGUCAUUGUAAAAGGACCCAUAUGUUUGUUACAAAUAUUCUUGUGACAUCUAUUUCUUCCACUUUAAUCCAUUUUAAUAUCAAUUUGGUGGUGCACAAAGAAAAAGUUUGGUUUUAUCUUUUGCAUGUUAUAAAGUAGCAUUCUUAUCUUCA